AGUUGGAGAGAGCGACGGCACAAGGACCGCGUUUCUGCUCUCUUUGCAUUCUGGAACAUUUAUUCUCUGUUUUAUUAUAUAUACAGAGAGAUUUACAGUUUUGCACCGCGUACGCGACGUUGCCUCCUCUGUGGGAAAUUCACCGCGAGUUGGAGAAAGAGUUCGCUGCGCUCCGCGGAGUUGAGACGGAGGAAGGCUGUUCGUGGCUCAGGCAGAAAUAUUGUGGAUUUCCACCUUCUGGACACAUCUUUAUGUAGAUCUGGCCUUUGUUCACGCGAGUGAAGAAGUGCAAAGCAAUUAAUCUGACUGUCUAAACGCAGACUUGACAAGAUCCUGUUGUUUUUAAAAGAAGGGAAAGACGUGCAAUUUAGUUAGAAACACCGAGGAAGGAGCUACAUCUGUGCGGGACUCUCAUCCUGUCUCAUCUCAUCACCAUCACAUCCAUCAGAACCUGUAGACCUGAGGAGGGACUGUAAUCGAUUUGGCUUCGUCGGAGUUCCAGAGCAAAUAUGCCGCAGGUGGAAAUGAUCCUCUCCCUCAUCCUCAUCAUUGGGAUGUGUGUGUACGGCCAGGACCCGGCUUCCAAGGUGGUGUCCGACCGCUACGCCGUCUACUGGAACCGGACCAACCCCAAGUUUUACCGUGGCGAUUAUCACAUCGACGUCUGCAUCAACGACUACCUUGACGUCUACUGUCCGCACUACACUGGCCCAGUGUCGGACGACCGGGCCGAGCGCUACAUCCUCUACAUGGUGAACUAUGACGGCUACAGCUCCUGUGAUCACACCGCCAAGGGCUUCAAACGCUGGGAGUGCAACAGGCCUCUGUCGCCGAACGGACCGCUCAAGUUCUCAGAGAAGUUCCAGCUCUUCACUCCCUUCUCCUUAGGCUUCGAGUUUCGCCCUGGCAGAGAGUAUUAUUAUAUCUCCUCCAUCACCGACGACAAGGGGAGAAGAAGCUGCCUUCGACUCAAAGUCUUCGUUAGGCCUCAAAACAAUUGUGUGAAAAACUCCGGGAGCGUGCAGGAAGGGGUCGAUUUUGACGACAACAGUCACAACUCCCUAGAACCCAGAGACGGCAUUGGCCACGAGUCACCAGAACCAGCUCGGAGGGACGUGAACUCCGCCGGUCGGCGCCAGACCUCAGUCCUCCUGCUCAGCUCCGCCCUCAUACUCUUGGCUGCCAUCUUGUCUUUAUAGCGGGCAGUCGGAGGAAUCCCCCAGGAAUGGACUGUCCUAAUUGGACCACAGGCCACCCUACCCUGCAACCCCUCCCCUCAAGGAGCACUUUUUAAAAAAACAAAAAACAAAAAAAACACUGACAAUCUCUCUCGGCGAAAAGAGAGAAGGGACUUCGCUGAAGCCUUCGCUGUUUUUUUGACUUGCCAACCGGUGUGAUUCUUGACUUUCCGGCGGGUGCUGACGGUGGAGGCGCCCCGAGGUGAAAGAGCCGGAGUCUCUCGCCUGUUCGCCUCGCUGCCGCUCACAGUAUGCAGAUGUUAAACAUUUCUUUGUGUUAAUGACAAGCACACAUACAUGCUUUUAAACAUACACACACACACACUACACAAUCAGUACACUCUUUAGCUUGAAUGGCAGAGAAGCACAGCAGGAUCCCUCAAAAGUUUACAGACGUUUUUUUUGCGUUCAGGAAAGCAUCGCAUAACCCCCGACAUGUCACAUGAUUCAGUCUCACGUCAAAAAGUGGAGGAGGUGUCGAAGAAGAUCCGGGAGCGACGCAUCACACACGGGCCAACAGGAAGGAAAACAAGGCAGAUGUUGUUGCUAGGAGACUGUUGCCAGGGGGAUUGGGGUAGGGGGUUGUCGUUUGAUGACUUAACCUCCCUCCCGGGUUAAAAAGGAGCCGGAUGCAUCGUCUCAGACUGUGGAGGACCCUUGUGAGGGUAAAAAAAAAAAAGAAAAUUUAAAGAAGCACUCAUCUUUUAGUGUUUGGGUAGUGGAGAUUUAAUGAUCGAUUAAUGUAUUUGUUUUUUAAUAAAUCACAUAAUUCAAUUGUAGCAGCCUACACGGGUGUACAGUAAAAUAUUUGAACGGAGCGUAGAAGUGGAUAUGGUAUUUUGCCAGGCAAAAUGUAUUUUCCUAUUUAUUGUGAAGUCCUCGUGCUUUCUUUCUUUUCUGUUCCGGUUUAGUCUGUAAGUACAGUAGAAAGGCAAUAAAAAACAACUACACUUACCCGUUACGUUAGCUCAUAUUACACAGUUAUUUGAUACAAUCAUACAAAAACAAUGAGUACAGUUUAUGUAUGUGCUUGGAUUGAUCGCUGAUGAUGUUUUUUUUAAUUGUUUUUAACAAAGAAGAAGAAGAAAAAAAAGUCUGAUGAGCUAUCAGGGUGUAGAAAUGGUGAAAUAUUUGUGUUUCCAAUUUGUCAUGUCACAAAUGUAGUUUAACUGUUACACUCUUGCUUUGUGGAUCACUGUCAAAACACAGCUGUUGUAUAUAGAGGCGUAUUUCCUACAAAGUUCAGGGAUGUGUCCAUGCCUAACAUGAGGUGAAAAAAUUACGAUUAUUUUUUUUGUUUGUUUUUUUCAUCGGGGAGAGUCAAUCUUCCUCGAG